ACCCCCCUCUCUCCGAGUCUGGCAGGAGCUGUCAAAACCACGCCUAUAGAGGCCCACAAUUGGUCCAGAAAGCGUAAAAUCAGCAAUCAAAGGGGCUUGGUUCAUUAGUGUUGGGAUCGAGGCAGGAAGAACAUGUGAGAUAGUCACAGUUCUUCGGUGAACAGGGCAAGACCAUUUCAACUCCGUGUCCGUGUGGAAUGAUUGCUUCAGCCUUCAGAGAGGCACAUCUUAUUUUUCUCAAAGCGACUGGUCGAGAGAAAGAAGGAAACCCCGAUUCUGCUCUCAAAGCGUAGCUGCUUCACUAUCUUUGACUGAUAUUGUUACUGCACUUCGUGGAGUUACCAGCAACGGGAGUUUACGUGUAGUAUAGGCUAGUUCCUAUCAAUUCAGUUUUUUUUCUGCUAAUAACCGUCUAUAACCCGUCUAUUCAUAGCCUAUCUGGCACAGUAUUCGACAUUACUUCUGUAUACUUCUUACAGAAAUAACAAUACAUUAUUCUGGAAAUUGUCCUACUGUUUUUGCCGAGGGGGGAGAAUCGCACUGUAUAUCAUAAUUUCACUUCGAUAUUUUGGAUGCACCGAUGAGAGAUCCAGUUUUCACAGGGACUGCCAUGGCUUAUCACCCUUUCCACGCUCACCGGCCGACCGACUUCUCCAUGUCAGCUUUCCUAGCGGCCGCGCAGCCUUCCUUCUUCCCGACGCUCACUCUGCCUCACGCGGCUCUUACUAAGCCCAUGUCGGACCACCUCGUUGGAGCCGCGGAGGCAGGGCUCCACCCGGCUCUCAGCCACCACCACCAGGCGGCUCAUCUCCGCAGUCUGAAGAGCCUGGAGCCCGAGGAAGAGGUGGAGGACGACCCUAAAGUCACACUGGAGGCCAAGGACCUAUGGGACCAGUUUCACAAAAUAGGAACAGAGAUGGUUAUUACCAAAUCUGGAAGGAGAAUGUUUCCUCCGUUUAAAGUCAGAAUAAAUGGGCUUGAUAAAAAAGCCAAGUAUAUUCUAUUGAUGGAUAUAGUCGCUGCCGACGACUGCCGCUACAAGUUCCACAAUUCUCGCUGGAUGGUAGCGGGAAAGGCCGAUCCGGAGAUGCCCAAAAGAAUGUACAUUCACCCGGAUAGCCCGGCUACGGGAGAGCAGUGGAUGGCCAAGCCUGUUGCUUUUCAUAAACUGAAGCUGACCAACAAUAUAUCGGACAAGCAUGGAUUUACGAUUCUUAAUUCCAUGCACAAAUACCAGCCCAGGUUUCAUAUCGUGAGGGCCAACGACAUCCUGAAGCUCCCCUACAGCACGUUUAGGACAUACGUGUUCCCAGAGACAGACUUCAUCGCUGUCACAGCUUAUCAAAACGACAAGAUAACACAGCUGAAAAUUGAUAAUAACCCUUUUGCCAAAGGAUUCAGAGACACCGGAAAUGGAAGAAGAGAGAAAAGGAAACAGUUGACCCUUCCCUCUCUGCGGAUGUAUGAAGACCAAUGCAAAGCAGACCGAGACGGGGGCGACUCUGAUGCCUCGUCUAGUGAACCAACAACCGGCAGAGACGGUGCACAGUCUCCAAUCGGACCUGGAUCCAGCCCGCUUAGUCGAAUCAGCCCAGAUGAUAAAGCCUGUACUGACAGUGAGCAAGAACUUGAUCAUCAGGAUGAGCGUUGUACCGCAUCGAACAGCCCUGAACCCGAGCCGCCCUCUCCCUUCAGCCCGAGGUGCGAGGACCGGGUGAAGGAAAAGCCGAGUCUGGAAAAGAAAGAUUAUCUGGACUCAAGAAAGUCGAGCGACUCCAUAUUCAGUAUAAGGAACAUUGAGAAAGGAGACAAAACGGAGAACAGACACAGGAAAGACACUACAGAUUCGUCAAAAAAGGACACCGCAGACAGCGGCGCGAUAAGCGCAACCAAAGAAAGUUUCUCCCCGCUCAUGGUUCAAACAGAGAGCCCCUCACACUUCAGCGCGAGCCACCUGCAGAGUCUGGCCCUGUCUGGUUUGCACAGCCAGCAGUUUUUUAAUCCAAUGAACGCCGGACAAAUGCUAUUUCACCCUGGGCAGUUCGCUAUGGGCCCAGGUGCGUUUUCUGCCAUGAGCAUGGGACAUCUAUUGGCCUCGGUAUCCGGGGCAAGUGGUAUGGACAACUGCAGCCUCUCCGCACAGGGCACCGGGGGCGCGCCGAACCCUUUCCCCUUCCAUCUAUCGCAGCACAUGCUCGCCUCUCAGGGCAUUUCCAUGCCGACCUUUGGAGGCCUGUUCCCGUACCCGUACACCUACAUGGCUGCCGCUGCCGCCGCAGCCUCCGCCAUGCCCGCUAGCACUACAGCCAGUUCGCUCUCGAGAAAUCCCUUCCUCACCAGCUCCCGCCCCCGGCUCCGGUUCAACCCUUAUCAGCUCCCCGUGUCUAUGGCCCAGAGCACAAGUCUAUUCACCACCGGCCUGCCAGUCGGCCUAAACCCCAGCUCCGAGUCGUCCAAAUCGGGCAGCAGGGAGACGAGUCCCGUGCCUGAGCUCCACAACCACAAAGCGGGGUCGAGUCAUAGGACCAGCUCUCCCAAAUCGAUGAAGGACUCUAUCAAUGAGCCAAAACAUCCAGAGACUAGUGAGCGGCCUGGAGAGCCAGAGAGAGACGUACCCCCCGAGAGACUAGUGAGCGGCCUGGAGAGCCAGAGAGAGACGUAUCCCCCGAGAGACUCUCCUAAGUGAUCUCACUAAUGGAAUAAUAUAUUCCACCACGACUUGGCUUGAAAUAUCAGAGGACUUUAUGAGACAUUUUGUACAGCACAUUAUGCGAGGAAAUGUCAAUACAGGCCUACCUUUUCGCGCGCCUGGACUGAGAAAAGAGGCAGGGAAUGAAGGAGAGAGAACCAGCGUCGUCACUUACUGUUUCUGUGUGGGGUACGCUUUCAAUAUUAUAGGAAACUGAAGCAUCGAAAUAAUAUGAAAACCAAAAGUGGGCACUGAAUUUUUAGGCGUCUGGCUAAAACUAGAGCACACUAAGAGGAUACCGCAAGGAGGAAAACCUACUAACAACAUUCUUCAUGUCGAGCAUAAUGAUGUUAAACGGCAGUGGCAACGUCGUGGCAUUGUUUUUAGGGACUGAAGAGAGAACAGUUUCAAACUAUAAUCAAUAGACGUGCUUUUUUUAAAUGAUGAGAGCACUACAGCAGCAUAAGUACUGAAUGAACACCGGCGUGCGUUUUGCCCGCAUUAUGGAGAAGGUGCAACCUGUAAAACGACAGGAAAACAAGCUACAUCCCAAAAGUUUUUAAAACAUAGGCUAUUAUUUCAAAAGGGAUGCAUAAAAUGAACGUUCCGUGAAAAAUAAUUGAUAGAAGAACGCUUAGGCCUAUCGUUUCUGACAGAUUUUUUUGUUUGAAUUAUUUAUGUAAUUAAAAUAAAUUCUGUAAAUAAGCUAUAAAGGAAUCCAAGAAUAUGCAAUUGGUAUUAAUUUAUUUAAGACUGUACAUUGACGUGUAUAUAAUAUUUAGAGUUUAACUCGUUGCUUUUUAUUCUUUUUUAUUUUACAUGAACGUAUUCUGAAAAUGAAAGCUAUUAGGCGCUUGUUGGUUUGAACCAGAAAGUUUUUAUCUGUAAUGCAUAGCUGAUUAUCUGCCUGUGACACAUGAAGGAAACUAACAUGUGUGCCAUGUUUAUCUCUGUCUGCAAAAACUAAUAUCAGCAAAGAGAGAAAGAGAGAUAGAUAGAGAGAAAGCUGCCUAUUUGUCACAUUACCUGACUAUUAUCUGCAGGAGAGGCAGAGAUGUAGGAAAACCUCAGGUCAUUUCACUCCAACACAGGAGAGGAUGAUAACAGUUCUCUUUAAAUGGGGCAUAAUGCAUAUCUAUAUAUAUAUAUAUAUAUAUAUAUAUAUAAAUAUAUUUAAAAUGAAAUUGAAAGCGUAUCUCGCUUAUGCUGGUUGCGAUUUUUGUUGAAUUAUCUCACAAUUUCAAUUCAAAUAAAACAAUGUGUUAAAGUUGUGUUCACUCAUAUUUUGUACCUAUUGGAUACAGUUAAAGUAUCUUUGAAAUUCAUAAUAAUAAUAAUAAUAAUUUAAAUGAAUUAUUAAUAAUGUAUAUAAGCUACCUAUUUUUAUAAUUAUAGCUUAAUUAUGAUGAUUAUUAUCUCCCAACAUCAGAUGAAUGAGGCCUCUAAAUGAAUGAUAAUACCCCUUACAAAUUGAAAUAAGACCUAAGUAGUUAUCUUAGUGUAUGGUGCCCCCUGUCGGCAGUAUAUUUGAGGAUAAAAUUCAAGUUUUUCAGCCCAGUAUUUCUCUAGUUCUUUAUCAGUGAUGAUUGUGUAACAAAUUCAAACGAAAUAUUACAUAUCAUAUUGAAAAGGCAAAUCGAUGUAUUGUAUAUUUCUGUUCAUAAGAGCAAUGUAGAAUGUAUAACUGUCAUUAGUUCCAAAGAAUUGUAUUCUCAUAACUAUUAGGCCUAUAAGGCCUAUAAUUGUCAUAUUUACAUUGCGAUGCCGUUGAAUAGAGGAGCGUGAGUGAUGACAUGCAGGGCAUCUCUUUUUAAACGGAGCUACUGUUAGUGUUUAUAUAAGUGUUUCCUCUAGUAUUGUCUGUAUUCUACUAUUAAUAGAACAGAAUAGUAAUAUAGGAGUAUUUAAAGGAGGGCGAGACACUGAACUUUCGUCUCCCCCUCUCCACUUCAACUGCACAUAUCCUCUGCACGUUCAAUAGCACUUGGCCUAUAGACGCAGUUAACUGUUUGAGUGAAUGGGAAAAACUGUAUGACACACAUAGGGUAGUCCAUAGGUCUACUCAAAUCAACAAGAAUGGACUUUUUAAGGAGGGUCAAAUGAAUAAUAAUUUUU